AUGGAAGAGCAUCCAGGCCAGCGCUCCAGCUCCAAGGCGGCGAGGCGUCUGCGCAGCCUCCUCGCUCUCGCCGCAGACUACAUCAAGUACCUCUUCAUGAACCGCCGCCGGCUCGUUUGCAGGGCGGCGAGGCGAACCAUCGCUGUUCUAUCCUCGUACCACGGCAAAAGCAACAAGCACCUGGCGCCAUACUGGCCACCUCGUGCGCUUGCGGAGCACGAGUUCUCGUGCAGCGACAGCCCUAGCCCCGCGUUCCUCGCGGCCAAGAGGUUCCGAUCACGGCUGUUACGCAAUGCGGCGGCCGGCUCUUCCUGCUUCGGAGCCUCCCUUGGGGCCUCGUACGGGUCGCCGCCAGUGACAGAGGAGGAGGAUGAGAUGGUUGAGGAGGAGGAAGAUGAGGCUGAUGGCUGGGGGUGCUAUGCGCUCGAGCUUGACGUGGACUACAGGGCGGAGGAGUUCAUCAACAUGUUCUACGAGCAGCUCAGGGCGCAGAACUUUGCCACGGCUUUUCAGCGCUCGCCGUGA